UGAAGAUUUAGUUUGACUUGAUUCUUCUCCUACGAGGCUGCGACGACUUCUGAGAAUUGUCGUCAAAUUUCUUAAAACGGAAAGCAAGUCAACAAUCGUCAGGAACCGAUUCAAGGAGUCAACCAAAUUUAACAUAAUCAAAACUAUAAGAACCAAUUAGAUGCUGCCAGCAAAGCGAAUCUUGAUCCAAAGCUGCUUCCGUCUUCCUCCCGCGUCCUUUGGCUCUUUCUUCUCUUAUAUAUAAAUCAGACCCAUAAUAGCGUUUCUCUGUUCAUCUGCAUCAACACUUUUACGCUACGGCUGUGUUUUUUCCCCCCAUUUUUUUUUACGCCACUUAACCCUUUAGUUUCUUCCCAUAAUUUCAAUCUGUUCUUAAUUAAAUCAAAGGGUUUUCCGGGAUCUUCAAAAUCUUCAUUCUUUUCGUGUAGCUUUAUCUUAUCCUUGUAUGUUUCUGCCAAUUUAUGGAUUGGAUUCGGUUUUAUUAACGACCAGGGUAAUACUUCUGUUGCCCAAGGGGAUUAGGAAAACAACUUUAUUAAAGGAUCUUGUGAGCUAGCUACUUAUCUCUUUUGAGUUGGGUCAAGUGAAUUUUUUGGCUUUCUGUAAUACAGAGGGAUGAUGGAUUUGAAAACUGGUAAAGCUGGAGAGAUUGCUAUAAUGGGUGAGAAUAUGGGUGAGAAAGGGGUUUUGGAAUCAAAGCUGAAAGGGUUUGGUAGUUUAAGCUGUAAAGAUACGUUUUUGAGGGCAGAUCAGAUUGAUUUCAAGAGUUGGGAUUUGAAGCUGGACAAGCAAAUAUCUCAUGCUUGGACCAAAGAUAAGGAACCCCAUGAAAAGGCAGAGUGGGAGAUUGAUUUAGCUAAGUUGGAUAUCCGAUAUGUUAUUGCUCAUGGUACUUACGGAACUGUGUACAAAGGUCUCUACGAUGGUCUUCAGGUUGCAGUGAAGGUGUUAGACUGGGGAGAAGACGGUCUUGCAACAGCUGCGGAAACUGCAGCUCUUCGUGCAUCAUUCCAGCAGGAAGUUGCUGUUUGGCAUAAACUUGACCAUCCUAAUGUGACAAAGUUCAUUGGAGCUUCAAUGGGUACUUCAAAUCUUAAAAUUCCUUCUCAAAAUGGUCCAAGUGAUGGUCCUAAUUCUCUGCCAUCUAGAGCUUGUUGUGUUGUUGUAGAAUACCUUCCCGGUGGGACACUCAAAAAGUUCUUGAUAAAAAAUCAUAACAAGAAACUUGCUUUCAAGGUGGUGAUUCAGCUUGCUUUGGAUCUCUCUAGAGGAUUAAGCUACCUUCAUUCAAAAAAAAUUGUCCAUCGUGAUGUCAAAACUGAAAACAUGUUGCUAGACUCACAGAGGAAUUUAAAGAUUGCUGAUUUUGGGGUUGCUCGCGUGGAAGCACAGAAUCCAAGGGACAUGACCGGGGCAACCGGUACUCUAGGUUACAUGGCACCAGAGGUUCUCGACGGCAAGCCUUAUGACAGGAAAUGCGAUGUUUACAGUUUUGGCAUAUGCUUAUGGGAAAUUUACUGUUGUGACAUGCCUUAUCCUGAUCUCAGCUUUGCUGAUGUGUCCUCUGCCGUUGUUAAUCAGAAUUUGCGUCCAGAAAUCCCGAGAUGUUGUCCCAGUGGGCUAGCAAGUGUCAUGAAAAAGUGCUGGGAUGGAAAUCCAAACAAGCGCCCUGAAAUGGACGAGGUUGUGAAGUUGUUGGAAACCAUAGACACCAGUAAGGGUGGCGGUAUGAUUCCUGAAGACCAGUCUCGUGGAUGUUUCUGCUUCGGCCCUACACGAGGUCCAUGAUCGAGCUCAGCCUCGCAUCAGGAUAACGCCGUGGUAGAUCAAGGAUCCCUGCAAUGUAGACCUGCCUUUUUAAUGUCCUGUGCUGCAGAGAGGACGGGAUUGUCAAUUAUACAUGAUUAGCAACAAUUUUUUCUUCUCGUGGAUGAUCAUAGGGAGGUUCUAAUAGGUAGAUAUGUUCCUUCGACUGCAUAUAUAGUAGGAAUAGCUGUUAUAUUAGUCCCUAGUCGAUGGAUCAUCCGAGUUGAGUGAUUAGCUUCCUCUUGUACCUGUAGCAUGUUUUCUUGCUAUUGGGAGCUAUCAUAUGUUGUAGUUGUGCAUAAUAAUUGGUGUGACUGAUUUCAUGUCACACAGCAGCAAUAAAGUCAUUAUCACACUAUUUCGGAUUGAUUCUCCGCUUACAAACUGAAUGAAAAGGAAAUCUGCAAGAUUGUGUUCCUUUAGGAGAGUCAGAGGUGCUCAUAGAUUAAUACUCCUACUUAGAUGCCAUUUGGUAAAAACUGAGAUAAUAUGCCCUGAACCAUCAAGUUUUCUUUUCAUCUUGAUCACGUUAGAAUUGAGAAAGGUGAUGAUCCAGACCGCAUUUGUGCAGUAUGGGAUUCUAAUUUCCCUUUCAAAGUUUAUUCUAUAUCCACUGGUAUUGGCAGGGAUGCUUGUGCCAAGAAAGACAAAAGACAAGAGAUUCUUCUUCAACCCAUGAGGCAGAGUGAAUAAAGUUGCAGGGAAUGCUGUCCCAGAAUACUUGGCUUAGGCGCCAUUACGUGUAUACUGUUCUCUCACUUCCCUGGAAUUGAAUGUUAGAAUGAUAAUAUCUCUUCUGUACCACAAAAAAUAACUCACAUUGAGUUUUAAGAUUUGCAAUUAGACUAACUUUGAAGGACAGAGAGAGACUAUGCUAAAUACGAU